AAAAAAUGAUAUCAAUUAUGAAAAUAACCUUUUGCCUAGCAAUCCACAACAAAGGAAAAUAUUUAAUGAUCUAUACACAGCCCAAAUGAGAUACUUGUUCAUCAUCCAUUCAUUUGCAGAUUGAGAUUCUCUUUUGGGCUCAUGGCAUGCACUUUCGUUACUCCAUCCUUUUGCUCUCAUAGUAACUCAUAUGCUCGUUACAAGUUACAAAAACAUAGGGAAACUUCAAGAUAUGGUCGCAAUGACACAACAUUAGGUUUGGUUUGCAGGAAGGAGGCACUUAAUCAACCAUCUCUUCGGACAACUCGACGAGAGGCAAUUGGCACACUCUUGUCCACUGCGGCAUUGGGACUUACUCUCCCUAUGUUACUUGCCGAGAAAGUCACUAUUGAUAAACCAGAGCAGUUACGAAAGGACGUUGAGUCUUUGAAAUACGAUGAAGAACUCAUCUUAAAUCCUGAUCCUGCCGAAAAGGACCCACUGAGAUAUAAACCUCCCCCCAAAGAGCCUGAAUAUCGAAAACAAGAACAACAACUUAUCAAAUCUGAGGAGGAGAAAUAUCAAAAUAUGGUAAAAGAAGAAUUAAAAGAAGAAAGUGAACUUCGUUCCAAGUUUGGCAAGUCCAAAAAGUAAACGCAGGUUGCUACAAUAAUCUUUCGUUAACAAAAACAAUAAAAUUCUCUCGUGUCUCUUGUAUCAUUUAUCCAA